CUUCCGACCGCACACCCAUUUCAUUUAUCGAUACGGUAAUAGAACACAACACGAUGCGUUGCGUUCUUAUAGAGAAUCACACGUAGUAUGUAAUAUUCAAUAACGGCUGUGUUCCCAGAGGGUUCCCAGUUUUUUUACAUUUGUGCCUUUUAGUACCAGCCAGACAGUGGCCGACAAACCCAGGCAGCUGGUGAAUUGGUGUAGAGAGAUGACAAGUACAGUGUAACUAGGAGGCCCAGAACAAGCUUCUCUGACAAUGACUGAUCUUCUGUCACUGAAGCAAGCCUUUUGUGACAUUGUCCAGAGGGCCCAGCCAUGGAUACUGUCGCACUUCGUCAUGUGGCUGGAUCUGAAGGUGGCGGAGUACAAGGUCUACGGCUACAUGGUUCUAGAACAAGGCACAAGCUUGACCAGUGACCCCAAGAACUCUUCAGAAACUGCAGCAAGAACAUCUUCCAGUAUCUCUCGCACUUCCUUCACUACUGCCACCAGUGAUAAGUCUAACCUCUCUGCUUCUCAACAUACCUCACCACGAGCACCAUGUUUAGUCGUUCCCAAACCAAGCCUCUCUACCGACCGCAUCCCAACCUCUUCCUCCUCCUCCACGUCCUCCAUCGCUGCCUCCACCACCCCUAUCUUCAAGCGCCCUCUGUUUGGAGGAAGGACAAACAGACGCAAACAGCAACAGGUGUUCCGAAGAAGCUCCGCUUCCCUGUUGACUGCCCUCAGUAGUGGCAUCUACAACUCUGUCGGGGCUCAGAGCCGGGAUGACAGGAGGAAGGAUGAGUAUUUGGGUUCUGUAGGUCUACAUCCUCAGGAGUCUGAGUUGUCAAUAUCCUCCAGUGUGUCACAAUCUGGGACACCAUCAAAACACCCUCAGGGGUCUGAAUCUGUCAUGGAUUUGGAUAGUCCUGAAACAGAGAGUCAUAACUUGUCAUGCGAGAUGGAUAGCAGUUCCUUUGUUUCACAGUCAGUCAGCCCAUCGGGGAAUGUUGGAACUCCAGCAAAAAGCAGACGGUCGCUCAACAGCUUGUUCUCAGAUUUAGAUCCUGAGGACAGAUCUGAUCAGGGUGAUAUAGAAACAAAAAAUGUUAAAAGUAGGCUUGUAGAAGCUAUGGAUGAUGAUGUGCAGGUGUUGUCUAGUCAGUACGAAGAGUCAAGUUCAAGGUCGAAAGGGGACAUAAUUGUAGUGGAGGAAGAAGGAGAUGUCGGACAGGAGGGAGUGGCUACAGGUCUUUCUGAAGAAGGCACUUCAACAUGUGAUGGAAACUUGUCUGAAAGUAGUACUGUCAAAACUAAAACUACAUCAUCAGAUUCUAUCCAAGAAACGGAGUUUAGAAGUGAAACCUCAGGUGAUAAUGACCAAUGCUCAAAGGACAAUCUGCCAACUGGACAUGAUACACAAUGCUCAAGCUCCCUGCCGGAGUCAUCCACAAAAAAUGACACCGCUUCCUCUGAUGAGACAUCUGUAAGUAGAAAUAAAACAUCUCUGAUAAGCAAAGAUGAAACCCAAUCUUCAAGUAAAACACAGAGUCCAUCGACCUCCACCACCACACAUCAGGAUUCGACAUCGGCCAAUUUGAAUCCUCAACUUGUCAAGGAGGAGUCACUUCUUGAUGAAAUUCAGAUCAAACUAGAGCCAGUCGACACUUCACCUAACAAUUCGUUUUUCAACAGUCCGAAUUACACCAAUCAGCCGUCGUCAUCCGACUCGGGAAACCUUCUCCAGCAGCAGCAGUUUGCCUACAGCAGCAACAGCAGCAGCAGGUCCAGCCCAGGCUACCUCGAGGGCAUCGACUGGAACGCCAUCAGCUACAACCAGUACCUAGACAGCAGUCAGGGCUUUCACAGUGGCGCAGAAACAAGUCCUUCAUCCAGCAAUCAAGAUGGCCGAUCUAGUCGCAGGGAUGUUGAUAUGUCCCCCAGCACCCCAUCGAAGAAUGAUCCGAACCUGACCUGUAACUUGUGUGGGGCAGUAUUCAGGUUUAAGUCAUCGCUGUCACGACACAAGACACUUCAUGGAGAGAAGCGCUUCCACUGUUUCGUUUGUCCCAAGGCAUUCCAUCGUCGGGAGCAUCUUCUCCUGCACCUGCAACGUCACGCCAACAGCGCCAUGAUCACUUGCCCGGUGUGCCACAUGCAAGCGUCAAGCGUCAAACACCUUGAGGAACAUUACCGACUCAAUCAUGGCCCGUUCCGGCGAACCGGUGUGCCGCCAUAUUUAACCAGGGACAACUCAAGGUAGCAAGAAACGAGAAAAGAGUGACUUGAUUUCUUGUCAGCACGUCACUUUCUAUUUGUUUAUGUAAUCUGAAAAGUUCAUUGUUGUUUUUUCAAUGGUCUUUCAAAAGUUGUAUUGCAUUUCUGUGUCAUUCUUGCAUAUUAUUUAUAAUCCUGAGUGUAAUAUAAUGCAAGCCCUUGUUCUACACAAUGGAAAAAGUGCAUUGACAAAUUGGUCACAUGUAGAAUACUGCAACCACACCAGUGGAUUUGAAUUUGGCUGACACAGAGUGACGGUCUUGUGUUCCAAUUAAAGCCUUGUUUGUAAGCAGGACUAGAAACUAAUUCUUAACAUUUUUCUCUUUGUCUCAGGACAUUUUUAGAGAUGUGUUUGGAAUGCUGGUGAGUGGGGCUGUAACAAUUCACCGAUACCUACAAUGUCAUUGAUACUUAGGUACAGACGAUUCUUGAAUCGUGAUAUGCUAUAAAUAGAACUGGAGCUGAUGACGUUACCUCCCGUAACAGCAAAAUUAGUGUAGCACCACCUGUAACCAUGGUAACCAUGGCGGAAUAUGAGGACAUGGUGGUACCUAUUUAAGUCUCCAGUUUGGACAAAUGUUUGGUGUGAAAAGUCCUCAUGAAGUAAUUAUGAAAUCACGGAAAUAACUGAACACAAUCUGUGUAAACCUUCUUUUCUGUUUAUUUAUUGUUGUGUAUCAUAACACCAGCGGUAUCGUCAGUACGUAGCGUAAGAAGUAGAGCAUCGCAAUAUCUCAGCGCGAUACUCAUCCCUACAGGUUAGUUUGUAUGGACAGUCUUGAAUAGCCCCUGAAUAGCGUCUCACAUUCUGAAACUUCCUACUGAACAACAGAAAUAAUGAUAUUCAUUAUUUUAAGUUCAAUUCAAAUUACGCAUUUAUAUAGUGCUACCUAUCCAGACAUACUGCCUGCUCAAGAGCGCUCAGUCGUAUGCUCUUUUGAAGAGGAUUUCUUGAGUUUUGAUCUAAAGGUGUUGACAUCUUCAGAUCCCCUGACAUCAAUGGGCAGUGCAUUCCAUAGAGUUGCACCUGCUUUUCGGAAGGUUCUGUUGCCAUAUGUUGUUCUGCUGGUUGGUGAAACAGCAAGCUGUAGUUAAUGGGAUAGGGAAUGGGAUAUUUUUUGGAAGAUUGGAAGAGGGAUGGGUAGAUGGCAUAGGCGAAUCCAGAGGAGGGAUCCAGCGGGUCCCCCUAUUUUUGAAAACUAAAUGUAGUAUGUUGUAGGCAGUCAAAUUGACCGAGAGAGGGCCCCUCCUAUUUAAAUAUGCUGGAUCCGACCUUGGAUUGGCUGUUGAGCAUCUUGGAUGACUUAUGACUCAGGAAUCAAUACUAAUAAUGAGAGUCAUUAAUUUUUGGGGAAUAACAUUCUAGUCUGCACACUGUCGGGUGCUAAAUUCAGUCGCUCUGUCUGGUAGAAAAUACGAAAACGGUACCUUAUUCUGGAAGAGUUUCACAAGAGUUUGUUGAUAAGAGCAAUGGGGCUUCAGUGCAAUUACUAAAAGCAUGUACCGUCAAACAGAUCGCCAAGAGGGCUGUAGUGGUAAGUUACUCCUGUAUGGAACUGGCAGACUUUGAUGCCUUACUAGUCAUGUAAAUACAGGUGUUGAUGUUGUUACUAUCUUGACUGCUGUUCUUCGACUGAGUCCAUAGAUACUACUCAAAGAGGUUAAAGAACGCUGAAUAUUUCAUAUGACUAUAGUUGUUAUGUAGUCAUAUGAAAACAUUGGGUGGUCUUAACUUGGGUAGUAUAAUUGUUGGACAGUGAAAGUAUUGACUGAUAAAUUGUAUUCUGGUGAAUUUGUGGAAAAAAGCCGAAAAAGAUUUGUUCUCGGACAAAUGUUUCAUUUUGGCAGCCACUUCUGAACGUGAGUUUGGCACAGAACUGGACUCGUACGUGGGAUCGUGGCAUAUUUAAUCAAAACAGAAGACUGUUAUGGAUGUUUUUAGCUGGAAAAGAUGUUUACUGGAGGACUAAAAUGGGAAGAACGUCCAUAUGACUCAAGGUGGUCGGGUUGGGUUUGAGAUUCGACACAUAAGUACUGGUAACAUCACCACUUGUUUCAAUUAUGAAAGGACACUGUAAUAUGAUUGGAGGUCUGUUUUUAUCAUCAUUUCAUUUAAACAAUACUCCUAACAAAAUUAUUGUGCUGAAUUGUUACUGGGUUGUGGAAUGGAAAUUGAACACUGGACAGUCAAGGAUGUUAUUUCUAUGUCACCACCUGCAUGCAGUUAUCUUCCUAUUUAGAAAAGAAGUCAAGGCUAAUCCAUGAAACAAGGGACGGUAGUCCAAGAAAUUCUUAGAUUUUUUGUAUGUAUGUUUGUUAUGAAGUUUUUUAAGGUUUAAUUGAUAAAUAUUUAUUCUUUCUUUAGUGUGGCACUCCAUUGUCAGACACACUUGUAGCAGAGGCCUCUUUUGCCUUUAGUAAAUGAAAGCUAUUUAUUUGGAAAAGAGUUAUGUAGUCUACAGAGUUAGUUUAUUUAUAUAUCAGACAAAUCUUUGUCAGUUGUGCAAUAUUUGUGUCUUGGUAGUUGCAUGAUCAUUCAAUUUAUAAGAAAGAUUUGCCUAUUCUGUCAUUUACGAUUCACAAAAUGUGUUUAUAAGUGUUUAUAUUAUAUCUUUGAAUCUAUACAUGAGAUCUCUAUCUCCAAACCACGGUAUUUGUUGAAGUUGUUCAUGUAUUUACAAGAAAUGUAUCUCAUUAUGGGAAGCACUGUUGACUGGAAAAAUAUGUUCAUUGGGCCAGACUUAUUAAAAAACUUGGUUUACAAAUCUGCUUACACCCAAAAAUUGAAAUGUGAAAAAAAAGAACAGCAAUGUUUUUUUUGUAUUCCAUCGACCAAUAAUAAGUACAAUGUUAAAGAAAACAAUUCAUUUACUGUUGCGAACAAUAUAAAUAAAUUCUUUAAAAUACUAUACUAAUUUUAUUUUUAAAUUCAUCCCCACUCUUUUUUCCCCAUCCACUUAACAUUUCGAGGAAAUGCAGAAAAAUAUUUGAAAUUGGAAUUUGUUUAUUUUAAUUUUUUCAUUCAACAGAUCAAAAAAUCUGUAACCCAUCCCCCAGAAGUCUGGCCUAACAGUUUGUACAUAGUACACAAUGCAUGCACAGUGUGAUUGAUAGCUUACAUAAAACAACAUGUCUACCACACAGCCUUAUUAUACCUAUCUCUGCCAUGUCUACUCUUGUCAAUGUUUGUUGAUAGUCAAUAUUCACAAUGUCAUUGGCUAGCAUGAAUGUCAAGGUCAUCGUUUAUGUGUCACAAUGAGGCUUGAGGUGCAAUGAGAUGUUUGGAUUGAGAUGGUCCCUGACUUGGCAUUAAUGAUCUCUACAUUAUGAUUGGACAUGUUGCCAAUAUGGGGGGAACUUUAGAACAUUCAGUUUGACAGGGGUACAGAUUAACCAGUGUUGCAUCUAUUGGCAAGUUAAUCAAGGUCUCCCGAAAUUUUCCCCACCAAAGAAGUUAAUGAACACCAAAUUUUUUCAGAUGACUACAGUUAAUCUGUCAUGGCUGGUGGGUUUUGAAUUUUUGAGGUUAGACCACACUCAUUUAUGAAGGUUAAUAGGUCAGUUUCAUGUAAACGUUGAUGAAUUGCAAUAUCUGAAUGCUUGUUUAUAUAAUCAUUUCCAUGUUUGCUCAAUUUGUUUAAGAAAUAACACAUAUAGGUCGCUCUUCUGACACCAAUUGGCCGUAAUUAGGUGUCUCUCACACCUGGAAAUAGGGCUUAGCCUGGAUAAAACUUUUAUUAAGUUAUAUCAAUAAUUUAAUUUUGUAAGGGACUGGCCAUUUUUUACAGGAGAGGGAUGAUGGUGAGAUUGGACAUUAUGGCAAGGAGGGCUGAAAAAGGAUCAUGGAAACAUAUUACCGUAUUUGACGUAAUAAGCGCCCCGCUCUAAUAAGCGCCCACAGCGAUAUUUGCUAAUAUAUUGGCAAGUGAACAAUCCCAAUUAGCACCCCUUCCGAUUGAUCAAUGUACACAAGACUUAAAUUUAUUCGGGUAUAAUACACUCUUGUGUAUUAUAUACUCCCUUAAUUUAUCUGUCGUAUAUAAACAUUUCAGGCUGUCAGCAUAAACAACAAAAUUAACGAUUUUUCAACUCUGUUUUUUCCACCAAAAAAAUAUUAUUAAAAGA